CUUCUUCCUACAUCAAACUCCUGCCAUGCUGGUGUUAAGAUGAUUUCCUCAAUCCUCUCCGGGUUUCGACGCUUAUACUCCCUCGAUACUUUGGAUACUCGAUUUACCGUUCCCGCCAACGUCCCUCUCAAGCUCGCUGCUGAGGACACGCGAUCUGCCUCCGCGAAAGAUGCCCGCGCAAAUGCCAUCGCCAGCAACGCCUCGCCGUCGAAAUGGGGCACUGUAGAGUUCUACGUUUAUUACUUGAUCUUUCUGAUCGCGGUUCCGUUAAUGUUCAAGACUGCAAUAGAAGUGUCUCAAGAAUCACACCCCACCUAUACAACUUACUCCCAUCUCCUGUCACCGGGAUGGAUCCCAGGUCGGCAAGUGGACAACUCCGACGCCCAGUAUUCCAGCUUCCGUGAUAAUAUUCCCUACCUUCUCGUGCUGUUGAUCGUUCAUCCUCUCCUCCGCCGCGUCUAUGACUACUAUACUCGUUCUUCGGGUUCGAAUAAUCCUUCUGCGAAUGCCGGUGCGGCUGCGGCUGGGGACGCUCGACUUGCGCAGCGGAUAAGCUUCGACCUCUAUUUUGCCGUGUUUUUUAUUAUCGUUCUCCAUGGCGUGUCUGCGGCCAAGGUCCUUUUCAUUUUAUAUGUCAACUACCAAAUCGCCAAAACGCUCCCUCGAAAAUAUAUUCCCGCGGUUACCUGGACCGUCAAUAUUGCGACGUUGUUUGCCAAUGAACUCUGUGCUGGCUUCCCACUGGAGCGUAUGGUUGCUUUCCUGACAUUGGCAGAUGGACCGGGCAAGGACACCGUGUUGCUCCAAUGGGCUCGGUAUAUUGACGGAUUCGGGGGCUUGAUGCCACGAUGGGAAAUUUUGUUCAAUCUCACAACCCUCCGGCUGAUCAGCUUCAACAUGGACUUCUACUGGAGUCUCGACUAUCCUGCUGCAAGCCCCAUGGAAAAGAAACAACUCGAUCCGGCAUCGCUUUCUGAGCGUGACCGGGUCCGGAUCCCUGCCGAGAAAUCGGCUUUCAAUGGCCGUAACUACAUCGCCUACACCCUCUAUUCGCCCUUAUACCUAACUGGCCCCAUCUUGACCUUCAACGACUAUAUCUCCCAACAAAGAUUUGCCCCGCAGUCUCUCACGAAAUCCCGCACCAUUCUCUACGGAAUCCGUUUCUUCCUAACUCUCUUCGCCAUGGAACUGAUGCUCCAUUUCAUCUACGCCGUCGCCAUCUCCAAAGCCUCCCCCAACUGGUCCCUCUACACCCCCGGCCAACUCAGCAUGCUUGCCUACUUCAACCUGCACAUUAUUUGGCUCAAACUCCUCAUUCCUUGGCGUUUCUUCCGCCUCUGGGCCCUACUGGACGGCAUUGAUCCGCCAGAGAACAUGGUCCGCUGCGUCUCCAACAACUACUCCGCCUUUGCCUUCUGGCGCGGCUGGCACCGCUCCCUCAAUCGCUGGAUCGUACGCUACCUCUACGUUCCCCUCGGCGGUGGCGGCAGCAGCAAUCGUUCUACCACCGGGACCCCAGAAAAUAGGAAACUCUCGGCAUCUUCCUCCUCUUCUUCUCCUUUCUACGCCAAAGCCCGUCAAAUCUUCAACUUCCUCGUCGUCUUCACCUUCAUCGCCCUCUGGCACGAUAUCAACCUCCGUCUCCUCAUGUGGGGGUGGCUGAUCACGCUCUUCGUCUUGCCCGAAGUCAUCGGCACGUUACUUUUCCCCGCAAGCCGCUGGCGCUCCCGUCCAAACACCUACCGCAUCAUCUGCGGCAUCGGAGCCGUGGGUAAUAUCCUGAUGAUGAUGAUUGCGAAUCUGGUUGGGUUUGCCCUGGGCAUCGAUGGCAUCAAGGGACUUCUGGAGCAAUUACUGGGCAGCUAUGCGGGCCUGGCGUAUUUGGUUUCGGCUUGUUGUGCGUUGUUUGUUGGGGUUCAGGUGAUGUUUGAGAUUCGGGAGGAGGAAUUAAGGGCUGGGAUUCGCAUGAAGUGUUAGUUGUUAUUUUCUAACUCUCUCCUUCUCCCUCUUCUUUUUUUUUUUUUUUUUGUUUCUUUUCCUCUUCUUCUUCUUAUUUCCUCUUCCGUACUUGUAUUUGGUGCAUCUUUUGCAAUGUUUAUAUAUGUGUAGUGGUUUUAUGUCACUAGGAAAAUAAUUUAGAUGUUAUGAUGGGUAUUUAUUUGUAUUAGCGGGUAUCUGGGUAUCUGGGUUUGCCCAUUCUGCCAUAGCUCUAAUUAAUGG